AUGGAUUUCGAUCCCUCAUUUUCCUUCAUUGCUAUCUUUUCCUUCUUCUUAGCAGUGUUUUUCAGAUUAAUCACUCGAUGCGUACCUGUACCCGAUCAGAAUUCGAAUCUUCCUCCGGGGCCGAGAAAGCUGCCGCUGAUCGGGAACUUGUACCAGCUCAUCGCCAGUUCGAAACUGCCACACCAAUUGCUGACUGACUUAGCCGAAAAAUAUGGGCCGGUGAUGCAUCUGCAGCUCGGCGAAGUUAACAUUGUUGUGAUUUCAUCGCCUGAGGCCGCGAAAGAAGUCAUGAAAACACACGACGUAACGUUUUCUAACAGACCAUCGCUCCUCGUAACGGAUAUAAUACUUUACAAGAAUUCAGACAUAGCUUCUGCUCCGUACGGCGAAUACUGGAGACAGCUGCGCAAGUUCUGUGCUAUCGAGCUAUUGAGUGUGAAAAGAGUCCAAUCGUUUCGGGCGUUAAGAGAAGAGGAGUUUUUGAGUUUAUGUGGAUGUAUAGCAUCUAAUGAAGGGUUGUCGAUGAAUUUGACAGAGAAGAUCUGCUUGACUACUUGCAAUGUUGUGAUGCAGGCUUCGAUUGGGAAAAAGGGUGACGAACUAACUGAAAUCAUAUCAACAUCGAAGGAGUCUGCCGAACUUGCUUCAGGAUUCUAUCUGGCAGAUUUGUAUCCUUCCAUCAGUUUGUUUCGGCGAAUCAGUGGCGCAGCACGCAAGACAGAGAGGGUGCACAAGAAGUCGGACCGGAUAAUUCAGAACAUUAUCGAUCAACGGCGAGAAAGCGCGAAUGGAUCGAAACAACAAGAGGACUUUGCCGAUGUUCUACUCAAGUCUAGGAAUGAGUUACAGCUGACUAAUGACAAUAUCAAAGCUGUGAUACAGGAUAUCUUCGGUGCUGGAAUCGAAACAUCAUCGACAACUACGGAUUGGGCUAUGGCGGAAAUGAUAAGACAUCCAAGGGUCCUUAAGAAGGCACAAGAGGAGGUAAGAGAGGUUUUCAAAGACAAGGGAUUUGUCGAAGAGUCUCGUUUCGAAGAGCUAAAGUACCUAAAGUCAAUCAUCAAAGAGACUCUAAGGAUGCAUCCUCCCUUUCCACUUUUGCUCCCGAGAGAAAAUUCGGAGCAAUGCGAAAUCUUUGGAUACAAAGUACCUUCGAAAAGUAGGGUUAUGGUUAAUGCAUGGGCCAUUGGAAGAGAUCCGAGAUACUGGAAAGAACCUCAUAGUUUUAUCCCCGAGAGAUUUCUUGAUAAUCCUGUUGAUUACAAGGCAAACAACUUCGAACUCCUUCCCUUUGGCGGUGGAAGAAGGAUUUGCGCCGGAAUAUCGUUUGGCCUCGCCAAUGUCGAGCUUCCUUUGGCAAUGUUUCUCUACCACUUUGAUUGGGUUUUGCCUGAUGGAAUGAAGCCCGAAGAUUUGGACAUGUCCGAAACCUCGGGCAUUACGGCAAGUAGGAAAUAUCCAUUGUAUGUUAUUCCGAGAGUGAAGAUAACUUUGCCUGUAAAACAAGAUUGAAGCAUCACUCUAUGCUUCUUUCAAUAAGGAAUUUGUUGUCUCAUUGCUUUGCUUUCUUCACUUUGCCAUUCUCCUGGUUGUUACGAUUUGAGUCUAUCGAGUCUGUAUGUCGUAUAUAAAUUA